AUGGCUGCGGCUCCUUCAGGCAUCACAGCCAGGAAGGAGCAAAAGGGAAAAGCCGAAGACGAAGGGGCACUGAGGCAAAGGGGCCACCUUCCCAGGGACUCUGCCUACAUCCCACUGGCCAGAACUGAGUCACGUGGCCAGCCCCCAGCUGCAAGGGAGGCGGGGAAUUUGUCUCCCCAGUUAGACAGGAAACGUGCAGUUGUCAGAGAACAAAGGAGAGAAGAAGAAAGAUGUUCGGUGAACAUCUCCCAUGUGACAGACACCGUCCACGGCACUGCACAUCCCUGUGUUGGAAAGAGGAUGCAGCCAUCCCCAACCCCAACAGGGAAGGGUGGAAAGUGCUGCACUGUGCACGGACUCACAAGGAGGAUACAUAACGUACAGCCGAAUCUGCAAUCUCCUAUUUUGUCAGCUGCUUGUGUUGAUUAA